CGCUGGCACGCGGUAUCAUACAGUCUCUCUCUCUCUCUCUCUCUCUCUCUCUCUCUGUGUGUGUGUGAGAGAGAGAGAGAGUGAGAGAGAGAGAGAGAGAGAGAGACUGACUUUGAUUCGCGUCAUACGGAAUCCGUGCACACUCGCAGGACGUCACGCGCAAAGUUCCCACAAACCGGAUUAUAUUCUGAGCGAGAUUUAGUAGCCUAUGUCUCAUAUGAGCCGUGGUCGUUUAUAGCAGCGGAUGAAUUUUCUUGAGUGAGAGGCAGAGUGACAGGGAGCAUCUUUUCCUCCACAGUCCCACCGAGCUCCUCUUUUUGGGCGGACUGAUAUCGGAGCUGCGGGUCUGCUCUGUGCGUUCUAUGCGUUCGUGCGUGGAUGCUGCGCGUUACUUCUCAUUCCGGCCACUUUUGAACAUCUGGCACUGGAUAUUAAGCCGGUUUUUGGGGACUGAGUGUGUUUGUUUUUCCAGCAUGAGCGUGACCAGUGAGUGAUGGAAUGAGGGUGUAACUAAGUGUUCCUCUCUAUAACGGAAUUUACACAUCUCCUCAUAGCACAUAAAGCUCUGCUGUAGGAUGCAGGGAUGAUGCCCGUACGGCGUGUGAAGGCUCAGCCACGUGUGUGGCCACUGAGCACAGAGCCUCCUCCCUGGGUAUGGACGAUGCCGAGUGCUGCAGGGCUGUGUGCUCUGAGCUCCACUCCUCAUGCGACCCUCCUUAACUCUGCCCGACUUCUUCCUCCUCUGCGCACUGUCACGAGCUGGCAGCUCUCCUGUGAUCCGUUCUUACAGCCACUCAUCAGCCCACUUCCAGUGCCAAACGUUCAGUGGGAGCUUACAUCUAGGCCUCCCAUGCUGGGUUUUCAGCCUUCUGCGAGUGUUGACCUGGUCCCUGUGUUCCCUGUUGUGUAUCGCACUGUACUUCACCCACACUACGGCAAGUCCUGGCUGGAAAAACGCACGCCUGACUACAAGGUUUAUCUAGACAAUGCUUUGGAGUCCUGGAUUAGGCCAGAGGAAGUGAGAAUUUUUCAGCAUCAGGAAAAGCCAGUGCUAAUGACAAACCAAGUGGCGAUGAGCAUAUCAAGGCCAGCAGCUGCCUCCAGGAAUUUCCACACUCUGCUUCUGACACCCAGGCGCAUUUCAGGUUGUCCAGUAGCCUUAAAACGAGUGCGGAGCAACAAACAGAUGGCUCUUGCAACAGCGGCACUGGUGGCUAUGGAAUCAGACAUGGCCCAGAGGCCAUCAGCCUCCUCAGCUCACCCUCUGCACUUUCUCUCACUGUCGCCUAUUAAGAUCCCACUUCUGACUUCACCUAACCCCGGACCUCGAGGCUCAUGGGAAGGUCUGCUGACUCCUGUUCUGCCCACACAGCUCACUGCUGUGAGGUCCCUCUCUGCCCCUGCUUUGACCCUUCUGGCUGGUGACUGGAAAGAUAAAAAGGCUCCAGAAAAGAAACUGGAAUUGAGGAAGCCAUCCUGCACAGGAGCAUUGGUGCUGCACUCCAAUUCAACACCAGGGGACAAAGUCGAGGAUGAGCAGUUUAAGAUUAGCAUGGAUAUUGACAGCUCUCCUAAAGACAAACGGCCAGUUGCAUCCACUCCAGUGCCGGGAUCACCAUGGUGUGUGGUUUGGACAGGAGAUGAUAGAGUUUUCUUCUUCAACCCCACCAUGCAGCUGUCUGUAUGGGAUAAACCAGUGGAUCUUAAAGACCGGGGGGACCUCAACAAAAUCAUUGAAGAUCCUCCACAUAAACGCAAGAAGGACUUGUCAGAGGAUGGCUCAAAUUCCCCCUUUGCUGAUGAUGAGGAUGAAGACGAUGAUGAAGGAGACCAUAUUUCAAAAUCCAAACGCAACAAGUUGGAAGAGCCAUCUAGUAAUUCUGUGUCUGCCAGUGAGGAGCAGAAUACAGAGAGCUGCACAGCGUCCAAUCAGAUGGUCCUACCACUCGAACUGCGGAUCACGCACUUCAGAGAUAUGCUCUUAGAGAGAGGGGUGUCUGCAUUCUCAACAUGGGAGAAAGAAUUACACAAAAUUGUGUUUGACCCACGUUACCUUCUCCUGGGGCCAGAGGAGAGGAAGCAAAUUUUUGAUCAGUUCGCCAAAGCCAGGAUAAAAGAAGAACAUAAAGAGAGAAAGAACAAACUCCAACAGGCAAAAGAGCAGUUCAGGAAAUUACUUGAAGAGUCCAAAAUUACAUCCAAGUCAACUUUCAAAGAGUUCUCAGAGAAGUACAGCCGAGACCCGCGCUUCAAACGGGUUCCCAAGCAGAAGGACCAGGAGCUGCUUUUCUCCCAGUUUGUCAGCGGGCUCAAGAAGCGUGAUAAGGAAAACCGGAUGAGACUGAGAAAGAUGAGAUGA